AUGGCCUCCUCGUCGGCGGCGUCGGUGCCGGUCUCCACGGGCGCCUCCGUGAUCACCGUGGCCUUGCCGUCGACGGUCGGCUCGAUGUCCGGUGGCACGGGAUCGCCGUGUGCGGCGUGCAAGUUCCUGCGGCGCAAGUGCCAGCCGGACUGCGUGUUUGCGCCCUACUUCCCGCCGGACAACACGCAGAAGUUCGUGCACGUACACCGCGUCUUCGGCGCCAGCAACGUCACCAAGAUUCUCAACGAGCUCCACCCCUACCAGCGCGAGGACGCCGUCAACUCGCUCGCCUACGAGGCCGACAUGCGCCUCCGCGACCCCGUCUACGGCUGCGUCGGCAUCAUCUCCAUCCUCCAGCACCGCCUCCGCCAGCUCCAGCAGGAGCUCGCCCGCGCCAGCUACGAGCUGUCAAAAUACCAGGCGGCGGCUGAAGCUGCGGCGGCCUCUGUGGCCGUGGGAUCCAACGGUGCGCCGAUGAUGGCGGAUUUCGUCGGCAACCCAGUGCUCAACUGCACACAGAACUUAAUCAACAUCGGCCAUUCCACGGGGACGGCGAUCGAAGGGGCCGGGUUCGUGCAGCACGACCAGUUCGCCACCGUGCAGAUGCUGGCCAGGAGCUACGAGGGGGAGGCCGCGGCGGCGAGGGGCGGCAUGAACGGAGGAGGAGGCGGUGGCUACGGCUUCGGGUACUCGUCGGCCAUGGGCGCCAGGCACGGGGCGGUGUCUGGCCUUGGGCAGAUCGGCGGCGGGCCGUUCUUGAAGCCCGGCAUGACCGGCGGGGACGAGCGGUCCACUGCCGCGCAGUAGUGGAGUGUCUGAUCUUUGGCAGGUAUAUGACUUCUGAGCCAAUCAAGACCCAGAGACUAAAAUAAUUGCUUGACGACUUAAAGACUAAAUUAAGUGCGAGGAGAAAAUCCUAGUAUCCUUACUCAGAGAGACAAUAGAAGAAAAAUAGCUCUUUAUUUUGUACAAUGAGUUUGUUUUGUUAAUGUCUUAUUUUUUGAAUC